AUGGCCACCAAGAAGCCCAACAUUCUCUACAUUAUGGCCGACCAGAUGGCCGCACCCCUUCUGGCCUUUCAUGACAAGACCUCUCCCAUCAAAACCCCCAACCUGAACCGUCUGGCGGAGGAGGGCGUGGUCUUCGACUCCGCCUACUGCAACUCCCCGCUGUGCGCUCCGUCCCGUUUCGUCAUGGUGACUGGUCAAUUACCCUCCAAGAUUGGCGCCUAUGACAAUGCCUCGGACCUGCCCGCCGACACUCCGACCUAUGCCCACUAUCUACGGCGCGAGGGCUACCACACGGCGCUCGCGGGGAAGAUGCACUUUUGCGGCCCGGACCAGCUACACGGCUACGAACAGCGGUUGACCAGCGACAUCUAUCCCGGUGACUACGGAUGGUCCGUGAACUGGGACGAGCCGGAAAUUCGUCAGGACUGGUAUCACAACAUGUCCUCCGUCAUGGAGGCAGGCCCCGUCGUGCGUACCAACCAGCUGGAUUUCGACGAGGAGGUCAUCUACAAGUCGACCCAGUAUCUCUACGACCAUGUGCGCCAGCGCAACGACCAGCCCUUCUGUUUGACGGUUUCCAUGACCCACCCGCACGACCCCUACGCGAUGACCAAAGAGUUCUGGGAUCUGUACGAAAACGUGGACAUCCCGCUCCCCAGGAACCCCGCCAUCCCCCACGACCAGCAGGAUCCGCACUCCCAGCGCGUCCUAAAGUGCAUUGACUUGUUUGGCAAGGAGAUGCCCGACGAGCGCAUCAAGGCGGCGCGCCGUGCAUACUACGCCGCCUGCACGUACGUGGACACCAACGUGGGCAAGCUGUUGAAGGUUCUGGACAACUGUGGCCUGCGCGACAACACCAUCAUCGUCUUCACGGGCGACCACGGCGACAUGCUCGGCGAGCGCGGACUCUGGUACAAGAUGGUCUGGUACGAGAACUCGGCCCGCGUGCCUAUGAUCGUGCAUGCGCCCCAGCGGUUUGCGCCCAAGCGAGUUUCGCAGAACGUGUCGACCAUGGAUCUCCUGCCGACUUUUGUGGAUCUGGUCGGAGCCCAAUUGGUGCCGGGACUGCCGCUCGACGGCGUCUCGCUGCUGCCAUACCUGACGGGACAGGACGGCCUGCGCACCGACACCGUGCUGGGCGAGUAUAUGGCCGAAGGCACGCAGUCGCCAGUGAUGAUGAUCCGGCGCGGCCGCUGGAAGUUUAUCUACUCGCUGAUCGACCCGCCCAUGCUGUACGAUCUGAAAUCUGACCCGGAGGAGAAGGUCAAUCUGGUGGCGGGGCUGGCAGACUUGUCGCGCGCCACCACAGCCAAAUCGGUGGCGCCACAGGUGCAGCCGACAGCGCUGCCCACCCCUGUGGACUCGCCGCGAGCUUCCCCGCGGAGGCAGGCGGCGACCACAGUAUAUCCGUUCCCGUCCCCGCCGCGCACACCGAGCCCCGGCAAAGGCGUGGCAGCGAUGCCGACGAUGACGGAGCCGGCCAAGCUGCUGGCGUACUUUGUGGACGAGGUACAGACGCGAUGGGAUCUGGAACGGAUCCGCGACGAUGUUCUGCAGUCUCAGCGACGGCGUCGACUGGUUUAUUCGGCGUUGAUUAGGGGUAAUCCAUCGAUUUGGGAUUACGAGCCACGGGUGGAUCCGAGCACGCAAUACGUGCGGAACCAAGGGAAGGGGGCAUUGGACGACGUGGAAUUGAUAUCACGAUGGCCGAGAACAGGAACAGAACGCCUCAUCUGGGCCCAAGGAUCCCCCUCCACCCUGAAAGCCAUCACAACCCAUCUGAACAAAGUCCCCGUGACGCUAGCCGCGGCCAUAUGCUGGGAAAACUACAUGCCUCUGCUUAGACAGAGUCUGUACGCCCAGAACGUCAAUAUCUAUCUUGCGCCGACGGCGGAUGCGCGCGAGACUUGGUUGGCGUUGAUGCGGACCGUGGCGUUCGAGGGGAGGGCGUUUGUGCUUAGCGCGAAUCAGUGUGUGAAACAUAAUGAGUUGCCGGAUUGGAUUACAGCUGGUAAUUCUGCUGCGCAGCAGCAGCAGCAGGCUCAUGUCUAUGGACAUGCACAAGGAGAUGGACAAGUACAUCGAAAACGAUCAGUGACAGCAGAAGGACCACAUGAGAUAGUCUGGCCUGGAGAAUUCGGGGACAAUAUACAGGACAAGGCUAGGACAGAUAAGAAACAGAAUCAGAAUCAAGAAUACAUCUCUCGUGGCGGAUCUUGCAUCGUUGAUCCUCAGGGCCAGGUCCUCGCCGGUCCCAUCUGGGAAGUAUCCGCGGAUGAUGUCGACGAAGGUCUCCUCGUGGCGGAGAUCGAUAUCCUGGAUUGUGAGCGUGGUCGUCUGGAUCUCGACGUGGCGGGUAGUUAUUCACGCAGUGAUGCGUUCAAAUUGCAUGUUGAGGGGUUGGAUUUGAAUCCUCCUCCUUUUUAG